UGUCGGCCACGUCUCCUAGCCACGUCGCUCUCCACUCGCCUUUUUCCCCUCUUUACCCGAGCCAAAACCCCUAUUUUUUUACUAGCGUCACGUUUGCUCACACCUUAAACAGGUGGAAGAAGGGGGGUACUGUUUCCGGACAGUAACGGAGUUAAUCUAAGAGCUUUCAGAUAGGUCGGCUACUGAGGGGGCUUCCUCCAACAUGAACAUCUUCAGGCUAACCGGCGACCUGUCCCACUUAGCAGCCAUCAUCAUUCUGUUGCUAAAAAUAUGGAAAACCAGGUCUUGUGCCGGUAUCUCUGGAAAGAGUCAGGUCCUCUUCGCCUUGGUGUUCACCACUCGCUACCUGGACCUGCUCACAUCCUUCAUCUCCCUUUACAACACCACCAUGAAGAUCAUCUAUAUCGGGUGUGCUUACGCCACCGUCUACCUGAUCUACAUGAAGUUCAAGGCGACCUAUGAUGGCAACCAUGACACCUUCAGAGUGGAGUUCCUGGUGGUCCCUGUGGGAGGGCUGGCUUUCUUGGUCAACCAUGACUUCUCUCCUCUGGAGAUCCUGUGGACAUUUUCCAUCUACCUGGAGUCUGUGGCCAUCCUCCCACAGCUCUUCAUGAUCAGUAAAACAGGAGAGGCGGAGACCAUCACCACCCAUUACCUGUUCUUUCUAGGCCUCUACAGGGCCCUCUACCUCAUCAACUGGAUAUGGAGGUUCUACUUUGAAGGAUUCUUUGAUAUGAUCGCCAUUGUGGCCGGAGUGGUGCAGACUAUCCUCUACUGCGAUUUCUUCUAUUUGUAUGUAACAAAAGUACUUAAAGGAAAGAAGCUGAGUCUGCCAGCCUAAGCGCCAAACGGAAGCGUCUCAGCAGAUUAGGAGCGAGGAGAGGAGGAAAAGCAUGGGACAUCUUUGGAGACAAAGAUCUAAAAAAAAAAUAAAAACGAAUAACUACAAUGAAACCACGUUCCCUCUCUCCUUCACCUCCUCUUCCUCUCCAGUGUAAGAUGC